CAAGUUGGCUUCCCCGCGUGACGACGACGACGCUGCUCGUGCUCCCUCCCUCUCUCUCUGCUUUUCUCAGAGAGAAUGGUGGAUGAGCUAUAAAACCUGGAGCGUUCGAUCGUGAUGCCAUGAGGCUUUAUGCUUGGAAAAGAAAAGAUCAUCAAUCCCAAUGCAGAAGCAGACACCGACGACGUCCACGUCGACGUCGACGACGAUGUGCUGCACGGAGGAGUCGCUGGCGGUGGGGACGGCGGCGAUCGUGUCGGCGCUCACGCACGUCGUGGCCAGCGGCCGCUUGUCAUGCCACCGUCGUGGUACCGCGCGGACGGCAGCAGCAGCAGCGCCGCUUACCACUACCAGCACGGGCACCUCGUCGCGUUCGCGGGGGUGGCGGCGCCGACACCGACGCCAGCAGCCCCCGCGGCGGCGCAGCGGAAGUACCGCGGCGUGAGGCGGCGGCCGUGGGGGAAGUGGGCGGCGGAGAUCCGGGACCCGCACAAGGCGGCGCGGAAGUGGCUGGGGACGUUCGCCACCGCCGAGGACGACGCCGCCGCGCUCCGGUUCCGCGGCGGCCGCGCCAAGCUCAACUUCCCCGACGACGCCGCUGCGCGCCGCGCCAGGGACGCCGAGGCGGCCUCCGCCGCCGCCAGGGCCGGCCCGCCCGCCGCGCUGCUCGAGUCGCAGCAGGCCGCCGCAGGCGACGACGACGUGGCCGAUUACCUCGACUACUCGAGGAUCCUGGAAGCCGCCGAGCCCAGCGGCAUCGUGGACGGGCUCUUCGGUGGCCACGGCAACGGACGCUUCCUCGGCUCGUGGAGCAUUGGCACGUCGCCGCCGUCAGAAGGCUCCGGCGCCGAACUUGCCGGUGCCUCCUCCGCUCCUCUGUUCCACCAGACUGAUGGCGGGAAGCAGAGCAGCAAUAAUAGUGCCGCCUUUUUUUGGAAUUAGUUGACCCUUUUUUGGGAAUUAGUUCACCAUUUCUGGGUUUUCUUUUUCUUA